CUUGGUUCACUCAUUCCUUGACUUGUGAACUUACCCUGCCUAUUCAGCUCAUAGCUAGUCACUUGCUAUCUAGGGUUUCAGAGUAGAGCUAGGGAGAAGAAAUUAAGUCCAACAGUUUGGUCGCUAUGGCUUUCUCUGGUGGUUUCAUGGAGAAGGCCAAGCCUUACUUCGCCAUGAUCGCCUUGCAGUUCGGCUAUGCCGGCAUGAACGUACUCACCAAGGUCUCCCUCAACGGCGGCAUGAGCCACUACGUGCUUGUGGUGUACCGCCACGCCUUCGCCACUGUCGCCAUUGCUCCCUUCGCCCUCAUCCUCGAGAGGAAGGUGAGGCCGAAGAUGACGUGGUCUAUCUUUUUCCAGAUCUUCGUCCUUGCUCUCCUCGGACCGGUGAUAGAUCAAAAUUUCUACUAUGUCGGCUUGAAGUACACAGGGCCAACGUUCGCCUGCGCGAUGAGCAACAUCCUACCUGCGAUGACCUUUGUCAUGGCGGUUAUCUUCAGGAUGGAGAAAAUAGAGCUGAAGAAGGUGCGGUGCCAGGCCAAGAUCUUCGGCACGGUGGUGACGGUGGCCGGCGCGAUGCUGAUGACGCUCUACAAGGGCCCGCUCAUGCACCUGGCGUGGACCAGGCACUCUCAGGCCAGCGGCGGUGGGGAGGCGCCCGCCGUAGUCGACCCCACCGGCAAGGAAUGGUUCCUGGGCUCCCUCUUCGUCAUCAUCGCCACCCUCGCCUGGGCCUCCCUCUUCAUCCUGCAGACCCACACCAUCAAGCAGUACACCGCCCAGCUCUCCCUCACCACGCUCAUCUGCUUCGUCGGCACCAUCCAGGCCGUCGUGGUCACCUUCGUCAUGGAGCGCCGCCCCUCCGUCUGGACCAUCGGCUUCGACAUGAACCUGCUCGCAGCCGCCUACGCCGGCAUCGUGACGUCGAGCAUCGCCUACUACGUGCAGGGGCUGGUGAUCAAGAAGACUGGGCCAGUCUUCGCGUCGGCUUUCAGCCCGCUGAUGAUGAUCAUCGUGGCGGUCAUGGGGUCCUUCAUCCUCUCCGAGAAGAUAUACCUCGGGGCCGUGCUGGGCGCCGUGGUGAUCGUCGUCGGGCUCUACGCCGUCCUCUGGGGCAAGCACAAGGAGACGCAGGAGAAGGAGGCAACGCCGCUGCCGGUGGCCACCAAUGGACACGGUGCCACGAACACGGAGAUGAUCGGCGCCGCCGGUGCCCGAAAUGAUCGUGACGCGACCGGGCCGACGAGGCCGGCCUCCAACGGACGUGGAGGUGGAUCAGCUAGUGCAGUCUGAUGGGCUGAGAUCUCCAAUAAUUUGUGCUCCUGACAUGAGAAGACGUCGUCGUACGAGUGGCAACUUUGAAUUGCUCAUCCACGACGCACGCACUGGUGCCCAUUCGGAUUGGAGCUAGGUUUUUUGCUUGGAAUGUUGCCGUUCUCCGUGGAACUCCCAUGAAGAAAUCUCUGCAUUUCAAACACGCCAAACCAUAGCCACCAUCAAGGGCCAGUGGUGGCUCACAUUUUUGCUUAUAACUAUGUUUGAUUGAUCAAUAUACUACACUACAUAUACUUUUUUGUUACUUC